AUGUCACUCUCUUUCUCUUUCACUUCUCAUGUCUCUCUGCCGUUUCCACUUCUCUGUCCCUCUCUCUCUCUCCUCCGUUUCCACUUCUCUCUCUCUCCUCCGUUUCCACUUCUCUCUCUCUCCUCCGUUUCCAAUUCUCUCUCUCUCCUCCGUUUCCAAUUCUCUCUCUCUCCUCCGUUUCCAAUUCUCUCUCUCUCCUGCGUUUCCAAUUCUCUCUCUCUCUCUCUCCUGCGUUUCCAAUUCUCUCUCUCUCUCUCUCCUCCGUUUCCAAUUCUCUCUCUCUCUCUCUCCUCCGUUUCAAUUCUCUCUCUCUCUCUCCUCCGUGUUUCAAUUCUCUCUCUCUCUCUCCUCCGUGAUUCAAUUCUCUCUCUCUCUCUCUCUCGAUUCAAUUCUCUCUCUCUCUCUCUCUCCUCUGUUUCCAAUUCUCUCUCUCUCUCCUCCGUGAUUCCAAUUCUCUCUCUCUCUCCGUGCGUUUUCAAUUCUCUCUCUCUCCUCCGUGAUUCCAAUUCUCUCUCUCUCUCUCUCCUCCGUUUCCAAUUCUCUCUCUCUCUCCUCCCAUUGAUUCCAUUCUCUCUCUUCCAAUUCUCUCUCUCUCUCCUCCGUGAUUCCAAUUCUCUCUCUCUCUCUCUCCUCCGUGAUUCAAUUCUCUCUCUCUCUCCUCCAUUAGUUCAAUUCUCUCUCUCUCUCUCCCGUGAUUUCCAAUUCUCUCUCUCUCUCUCCCCUCAAAUGAUUCCAAUUCUCUCUCUCUCUCUCUCCUCCGUGAUUCCAAUUCUCUCUCUCUCUCUCUCUCCUCCUGAUUCAAUUCUCUCUCUCUCUCUCUCCUCCGUGAUUCCAAUUCUCUCUCUCUCUCUCUCUCCUCCUGAUUCAAUUCUCUCUCUCUCUCUCUCCUCCAUUGAUUCAAUUCUCUCUCUCUCUCUCUCCUCCGUGAUUCCAAUUCUCUCUCUCUCUACUCCGUGA